AUGUCUUUCCAGUCGCCUUCCGAUAGUACCGACAGUAACGACGAUUGGCCCAAGGAACAGGGUGGUGUCGCGGCAAGAACCGUCGAAAAUCUAAAGAGAUUAACGGUGACGUUCAAGGAUGUUGCGAUAGAGGUUGAUGGUCUUGGUGAAGACUUUGGGUCGACAUGCCUUUCUGUCAUGAGAGAUUGCUUCUCCUUUGGCACGUCUCACAAAUCCAAGAGGAAAAUUCUCCAAGGAGUGACUGGCCAAGUCUCUCCGGGAGAGAUGUUACUCGUCCUGGGACGACCUGGUUCAGGUUGCACUUCUCUGUUGAAAGUCAUUUCAAAUCAUCGGGAAGACUUCAGUAAAGUGCACGGCGACGUUAGAUAUGGCAACAUUGGCCCAAAGGAAGCCCAAAAGUACCGCCAAAACAUUGUUAUGAAUACUGAAGUUGAUAUGCACUUCCCAACAAUGAAAGUGUCCGAAACCAUACACUUUGUAGCUGGAACGAAGCUGCCCAAAAUCACUCCCGACGGCCAACAUCCUCAGGAAUACAAGACCAAGCUGACAGACUCAACACUGGAUGCUCUUGGUAUUGGUCAUACCAAGGAUACCAUUGUCGGUGAUGAAUUCACCCGAGGUGUUUCUGGUGGUGAGCGAAAACGAGUUUCCCUUGCCGAGGUUCUUGCGACACAGGCUCCCUUGCAAUGCUGGGAUAACUCGACCCGCGGCCUCGACGCAAGCAACGCCCUUGACUUCGCCCGUGUCCUGCGCAAAGGCGCCGACGAGAAGCAACGAACCAUAGUCGCAACUCUGUACCAAGCAGGCAAUGGAAUUUACAAGCAGUUUGACAAAGUCCUGGUCCUCGCCGAGGGACGUGAAAUUUACUACGGUCCAACCACCGAAGCCAAGUCGUACUUUGAGAAUAUGGGAUUCAUAUGCGCCCCCGGCGCCAAUAUUGCCGACUUUCUCACCUCGAUAGCUGUUGAUACCGAGAGAAGAGUUGCCCAAGGCUACGAAAGCAGCGUGCCAACUUCUGCCGCCGAGUUUGAAGAGGCUUACAAACAAAGCCCUCUCUACGCUCGGAUGGUUCAAGAGAUGGCCGCCAAGAAGACUGAAACCCUAUCUCGGGAGAUAGAGAACCUGAAAACGGCGCGCGACGUUGAGAAGAAUCGUUCUUUGCCUUUAUUGUCACGCGAAGGCAGUCCUUAUCAAGUUUCUUUUGGAAAACAGGUUCUCCAAUGUACCAUAAGGCAAUUUCGAAUCAUUUGGGGCGACAGAUGGUCCAACUGCCUGAAGAUUGGAUCUGCGCUGAUCAUGAGUCUGGUAACUGGAAGUCUGUUCUACCACCUGUCCAAUAACAGUGACUCCGUGUUCAUGCGUUUUGGAGCACUCUUCUUCCCGCUGCUUUUCUUCUGCCUCAAUUCCAUGUCCGAGACUGUAGCAUCCUUCAAGGGCCGUCCCAUCAUUUCCCGCCAAAAGCGCCUCGGCUUUGCCAGGCCAGCGGCUCACAUGGUUGCUUGUGCGCUGACCGAUAUCCCACUCGCCGUCACUACGCUUUCCCUGUUUGAAAUCAUCUUUUACUUUAUGGUUUAUUUCCAGCAGGACGCAGCCAAGUUCUUCACGCAGUGGUUCAUCUACUUGGUGACAAUUUUGACUUUCAUGUCCUUCUUUAGAAUGAUAGGCGCAUGGUCCAUUCACUUUGGGAUAGCUUCUCAGAUCAGCGGUUGGUCCACAACGGUAAUGAUGGUCUAUGCUGGCUAUUUGAUUCCGGUCCCACAGAUGCACGUCUGGUUUCGAUGGAUCUCCUACAUCAACCCAGCAACAUAUGCCAUGGAAGCCGUCGUGGCGAGCGAUAUGGGUGAUCGCACCAUGGGCUGCGUCGAGCCUCAGUAUGUUCCCUACGGUGCUGCCUACCAAGAUUCCACCUUUCGCAGCUGCACGACCGCAGGCACGCCGGUUGGCUCUUCGGAAGUAGACGGGGCGACUCUUCUCAGCUCCGAGUACAACAUCUUUCCCAGCCAUAUCUGGCGAAACGUUGGCAUCAUCAUUGGAUUCUGGAUCUUCUUCGCGGCAUUGGCUGCCCUUGGCGCCGAGGUCCGCACUCACUCCGAUGCAGGCUCCAAGAUCCGCUUCGACCGUCGGAGCAGGAACAAGGAGAUGGAGAUGCUCAAGGACAGCGAGAAGCAGGCCAGCUCGGCAUCGGCUGGGGCCAUGCCCGAAGUUUCCAUUGACAAGACAGUCUUUACUUUCAAGAACAUCAACUACUUUGUUCACCACAUGGGCAGUGAGAAGCAGCUUCUUCAAGAUGUUUCGGGUUUUGUCAAGCCGGGCCAGCUUGUUGCUCUGAUGGGCAGCUCUGGCGCCGGCAAGACGACCUUGAUGGACGUUCUCGCGCAACGCAAGGAUAGUGGUCGCAUCGAGGGUAGCAUUAUGAUUAACGGAAAGCCACAGGGCAUCAGCUUCCAGCGUACCACUGGAUACUGUGAGCAGAACGAUGUGCACGAGGCAACGGCCACUGUGAGAGAAGCUCUUAUUUUCUCGGCAAGACUGCGCCAAAAGCAUGAGAUACCCGAUAUUGAAAAGAUUGAGUACGUGGAGCGCAUCAUGGACUUGUUGGAACUCACACCGCUACAACACGCUUUGGUUGGAACACCUGGUUCCGGAUUGUCGAUUGAGCAGCGCAAGAGGUUGACCAUUGCCACCGAACUCGUGGCCAAACCGUCUCUGCUAUUCCUCGACGAGCCAACCUCGGGCCUCGACGGUCAAUCUGCCUUCAAUAUUUGCAGAUUUAUGCAAAAGCUGGCGGCAUCGGGCCAAACAAUCAUCGCCACCAUUCACCAGCCGUCGGCGGCUCUGUUUAAUGCAUUUGACGUGCUCCUUUUGCUUGCCAAGGGAGGCAAAACCACGUACUUUGGGCCAAUCGGCGAGGAUUCUUCAAUCGUUCUAGACUACUUCACAAGAAGAGGCAUUCCGUGUCCUCCUGAUGCAAACCCGGCCGAGCACGUCGUUGAUGUCGUGCAGGGAAGAUUCGGUACCGAGAUUGACUGGCCGCAGCUGUGGCUGGAGUCGCAGGAGAAGAAGCAAGCUCUGGCGGAGCUGGAUGAAAUGAACCACCAAGAGCUAUCGCAAUCAAACGAGGAAUCAACAGGCAACGCAGAGGAAGAUGAAAGAGACUUUGCGGCACCGCUCCCAUAUCAAAUCCAAUUGGUCACCCAACGUCAAUUGGUGGCUCUGUGGCGCAACCCCGACUACGUGUGGAACAAGAUCGGUCUCCAUGUCUCCAAUGCACUAUUUGGCGGCUUCACCUUUUGGAUGAUUGGCAACGGUUCAUUUGAUCUGCAAUUGCGGUUGAUGGCCAUUUUUAAUUUCGUCUUUGUGGCUCCGGGCUGCAUCAACCAGCUGCAACCAUUAUUCAUUUCCAAUCGGGAUCUCUUUGAGACACGUGAGAAAAAGGCAAAGACGUACACUUGGCUGGCUUUCAUCACUGCUCAGUUGGUAUCAGAGAUUCCGGUGCUGAUUGUAUGUGGCACCUUGUACUUUGCGUGUUGGUAUUUUACUGUGGGCUUUCCCGUCAAGGCCUCUGCUUCUGGUCAGGUCUAUCUCCAGAUGAUACUUUACGAGUUUCUAUACACAUCUAUUGGUCAGGCCAUCGCUGCUUACAGUCCCAACGACUUUUUCGCCGCGCUUGCCAACCCAAUCAUCAUUGGUGCAGCCUUGGUCAAUUUUUGCGGAGUCGUCGUUCCAUACGCUUAUAUCCAGCCAUUUUGGAGAUACUGGUUGUACUACCUCGAUCCCUUCAACUACCUCAUUGGCGGCCUGCUCGAACCCGUGGUUUGGGACGUUGUGGUCCAAUGCAAGGACUCGGAACUUACCACAAUCCCAUUGCCUUCAAACACGACCUGUGGCGCAUACAUGGCCGACUUCUUGUCCACGGAAGCUGGUUAUGUUGUGGAUCCCUCUUCAGCGGCAUCGUGCCAGUACUGCCCGUACAGCUCGGGAGCUGAUUACCUGAGGACAUUGAAUAUCAACGAAAGAUACUAUGGCUGGCGAGACGUUGGCAUCACUGCUCUGUUUUGCAUCAGCUCAUACUUUUUGGUCUUCUUAAUGAUGAAGCUGAGAACCAAGGCCACAAAGACUGCUUCAUAA